AUGGUCCCUACGGCUGCCUCAACCCCAGCCCCUUCUAAGCCGUCGGGAAACGAGUCCAAAGAACAGCCCAACGAGCCACCCAAAGAUGCGCCCGCGGAGUCCUCCAAAGUCGAUGCUGUAUCGCAGGCGCUCGCGACAAAACCCAGUGGCGAGAACAGCCUAGUCACGCCUGUAUACAUACCCGAAGACCCAAAUGGCGUCCUCAAAGAGACACAUCCGGUUAUGCGCCUGCUCGACAACUCAACGCUUGUCAUCCAGCGGCAACUCGAGAUGAUGAACGUGCUCAUGGGCUUCGAGCAAGCGAAUCGAUACGUGAUCAUGGAUCCGCACGGCAGUCAUAUUGGCUACUUGGCAGAACAAGAACAUGGCAUGGGAAAUGCCGUGGCGAGACAGAUGUUCAAGACACAUCGGAGCUUCACGACUCAUGUCUUUGACAGGGAAGAGAAGGAGGUGCUGCGCUUCCAUCGCCCAUUCAGCUGGAUCAACAGCAGGAUUCGGGUGUAUGACGCAGUAGGAGCAGAUGGGGCUGCGUACACUAGCUCCAAUAGUCUGCAAGGCACAAGCGCAGGAAGCAUUGUAAGCCAGACGAGCGCGAACAUAUCCAGCAUACCUCUGCAGGAUAUGAGAAUCAUCGGUUCGGCAGAGCAAGAGUGGGCACCGCUCCGGCGAAAGUACAACAUGUUCCUCGCUCGCAAACUCGAAGACGAUCCAGCCGCACCCAACACACCACAAAUCUCGUCAGGCGACUUGCCGUUGUCAAGCUCCAAAGCCGUGGCAGUAGUCGAGGGUGACUCGCGAGAAGUCGGCAUGCAACAAUUCGCCCGUGUAGAUGAGCCUUUCCUGUCGUGGGACUUUAGCUUGAAGUCCGAAGACAACCGUUUGAUCGGCUCUGUGAACCGCAACUUUGGCGGCUUCGCACGAGAGAUAUUUACAGACACCGGUGUGUACGCUCUUCGCAUGGACUCUGCCGGCACAGAGGCAGAACAGACAGGUCCUGUAUCCGGCAUGACGCUUGACCAACGUGCCGUCAUGCUUGCCACUGCUGUCAGUAUCGAUUUCGAUUACUUCAGCCGACACAGUUCUUCUGGUGUAGGCGGCAUGUGGCCUUUGUGGAUGCCGUGGGUUGGGGGUGGCGAGGCCGCUGGUGGAGCUGCUGCUGGGGAAGCUGGAGCCGCUGGUGCAGGAGCAGUUGGUGCAGCGGGAGAGUCAGGCAUCGCAGGCGAAGUCGGUGCUGCAGCACGCGGCCUUGGAGCGGGUGAAGGUGCAGCCGUCGGCGCUGGGACUAUGGCUGGCUAUGAGGCCAUGCAGAGGGGAAGAGGUAGCCAGUCACAGGAUGAUCAGAGUCCACAAGCUGGAAACUCGGAUCCAUAUCUCGACAACCCUGGGCAACAGCAGCCUGGACAAGACGACGUUUGGGGCCAGACAAAAGAUCCCUGGUCACAAGACGGCAAUUUAGAGCAGGAUCCAUGGGGCUCACAGGGAGGUGGAGAUGCUGGCGGUGGAGGUGGAGAUACGGACUGGGGUGACUGGUUUUAA